UCGCCGCAUUCCAUUGCAACCAAGCGCGCAGUACUAUAAACAAUUUCGAAAGUCGAUAGCUGAUAUUAAAUAUUAUGUUAAAGAACAAUGUAAAAUAGCAGAACAGAGUGCAACAAUUGGAUUUGUUUAAAAAAUGCUUAUUAGAACUGGGAGAUAAUGGAAAAUGAUAUCCUUGCUGACGUGGAACUACAGGAAUUUUUGGCGUUGGAGCGCAACCAAUUGGAGCAAGAGCGUCAGCGUCUUAAUGCAGUCAACAAUCAGUCGAGAAGCAACAACAUCAACAAUGCACAAUCGACUUGUCCAGCGGCCUUGUUACUGCAAAAGGAUAACUUUGUAGCAGUGCAAUGUCAGCGCAUGGCCAAUGGGUGCAAUGAACCCAGCUCAGCAACAGCGACGUCUUCUGCCUUGGCAACGCAAAACCAAAACUACGACGAGCUGCAGCUGCAACUGGACGAGCUGAAGGACGACAACAAGGACGACAACGAAAACGGGAAACAGGAGGCCACCAGCAUAACGCUGCUUAAGUCAGCCAAGGAAUUUGUGAAUCAGCGCGAACUGCUUGUUGGCAGUGCGCGACAAUACAAAUCACCAAAUGCGUCGUCGUUGCAUCGCCAGUUGGAAAGCGAGCGUCCCCAAAGCGAGAAUCGUUUGCCAAUUGGGCGACACAAAAAGGCGGAUGAUAUGGAGCAAUGGGUUACGGACACAUUUUACUCGUAUUUUCCCGGCUUUAACAAUGAAAAUCAGAAACGGCAAAAUUAUUUGCGUGAGCGACAGCGCGAGAAUCAGCAGAACUUUCUCAAGCACCAGAUGCUACAUCCGCCGGCGCCGAAACAGCGACGUCAGGUGAAGCUGUCGCAGCCAGAGGAGUUGCAAACGUCGCGCUCGAAUCAUUCCACAAGCACGAGCUCGACGUCCAACAGCAGAACGGAUAAGACUGACCUAGAAUUAAUUGUAAAUAGUAAUCCCAAUUACGUGCCGCCCAAGAAACGGCCAGGCACCACACGACAACAGCUUCUGCAAGAUCUGGGUCACGUGGAGCUCUCUAACAUUGUCACUGGCGAUGGCAUCCUGGAGCGUAAUAUGCGGAGUGCCGAAUUGGAAACGGCGCGCAAAAGGGACUAUCAACGGGAUCUGAUGCAACAGAUUGAGGAGAAGCGUCGCUCCAUUGAGAUUCUGCGCGAAAAGGAGCGCAGACAGGAGGAGGCUUUGACCAGGCGCUUGGAAGCUCAACUGAAGACAAUUCACUUGCAGGAGCAGCUGGAGAAGCAGCGACAACGUGCCGAAAAGGCACGCAAGGACUCAGAUCACAAUCGCCUGAUGCGGGAGCAGCUGCUGGCCAAGCUAGAGGAGGAUGCACAGCUGUUGCACGGCAAGGAACACAACGACUUGGCUGGACCUGUCAGGAAUGGGAAUACAAAGGCCGACAACAAGGAUAUCAAUGGCAAUGCCAGCAAAAGCAAUACGACAAACACCAACAAGGUGUACAAAUACUUUAGCAAUUCGGCGCGACACGAGUAUCGUCGAGGUGAACCAUUGCCAGCGGGCGUGGAGCUUGACUUUGAGUUGCCGGAAAUGUCGAAAAUCGAACGCGAGUGCUUCCAUUUGUGCGAAAAGAUCUGUCCGCUCUGCGAUGAGCCGUUGAAGAGCUAUGAAAGCUGUUGUCUGCGCUGCCAGCGCAAGUUGGCACUGAAAAUGAAACAACAGCGACAGCCCAGCGAUGAUACAGGUGGACAGCAGAGCGACGAGACGACUGAAGCUGCCGAUGCUGUGGAUCACGAUUGCCAGAAUAGCUAUGCGCUCGUUUGUCUCAAGUGCGAACGUCUUUACGCGCUGUGUAGCCAAUGUCUGGUAAAGAGUGAUGUGUGUCGAGCCUGCCAACGGGAGCGCAAUGUUUGCAUGAAUUGUCGGCGAAAUCUGUGCUCCUUUUGCUUGGAGGAGAUCGCGUGUGGCCGGGACACUGAGCGCACACAUGUCAACGAAGUGAAUGAAGAAAAACCACAGAAAUCAGAUGAUGCGUUUCGUGUGCUCGAACUCAAUUAUGCUGUGCCAUCUCCAACAGCGGAAACGAAUGCCGCGAAUCCCACUGAGGCAGACUCGCCUCCCUAUUCCUUCAACAUUUCACCGAAUUCAGUGUUCCACGCGGAUUACAAACCCACGCCGGUGAAGCCGCUGUUGAUCGAUCAACUGCCCAUUGCCACGAGCAGUGCGAACAACAGCUUCGAGCUGGAUAGCGCUGAUGAGCAGGCGAUGGAACGAGUGCGCCGGCAGACAGAUAAGCGUCUAUCACGUUACCUCAAAAACUACGGCGAUCUGGCUUCCAAGCAUCAACAAGAUGUGCGUAGCAAUAGCGAAUCACGGCAUCGGGGCACACAGACAAUGCCUCAAAGUUUAGGCAGGCGAGAUGUGGUGCUGCUCGAGCCACCGACGCAUAAUCUGUCGAUGCCACUGCUGCGUGAAAUGCCCAAGAUGACGCGUAAGGAGACGGGUGCGUUGCCUGCCGAAAGCACUCAACGAAAGAUGGAUAAUCUCAAGAAGCGCUGGGAGGUGCCUGCGGUGCAAAAGUUUACCGUGUCCUCUACAUCUCCUAAGAUACUCACCCAGGUGGGUGCCAUACGUAAGCAACUGCAGGCAGCGCGAUUCUUUGACGAUGCCCAGGACGAGGUGGAUGGCGACGACGACUACUGACCCCCAGACCGAAGGCUAACAACAAUUUUUCAACUCUUGAACAAAUUGUGUCUGUUUAGUUUUACAGUCUUGCCAGUUUUUGUUUUGUUUUGUUCGUUCUCUUUGCACAAUUCGAUUUCACUUUUUUCGCAAUUAUUAUGGAUUUUCUUUAAUCCGUUUUGAUCUAUAUAAAAUUCUAACCAUCCCUGAGAUAUUGAUAAUGUAAUUAAUGAGAUACCAUGUGCUUCUGCUGUUUCAUGCAGCGUCAAAUUGUAUAUUUAAGGCAAAAAGUUUGUUAAUGUUUUUACAAAUAUAUAUAAAUCAAACUC